UCAGAAAAGUUCCCGAAGAGGUUCUGUCAUUUUAUGAUAUGUUUUCGAAGAGUGUAGAAGAGGAGUAUACUCAUGUCAAUACUGCAUUUGUGCCCACUGUUGUAGAGACGAUCAAAAGGGACCUUUCUCCAAAGCUUUAUGAGAUAACCCCCGCUAUUUGUGACGAAGUUGAUUCGGCGAUAAAGCAAUAUCUGCCUUCACACGAUGACUGGACAGAAAUCAAUACAUCGAAAUCGAUGCUGGACAUCGUUUCUAAAGCCUCGAGUCAUUUAUUCGCCGGGUCUGAUGUCUCUAACAACGCAGAUUACCUUGAAUGUACACGAGAUUAUAUUGUCCAUCUCUUCGAAGCUAUAAAGGAAAUCAAAGGCACACGACCAUGGCUCAGACCCUUGCUAUGUCCUCGUCUUUCCAAGGUUAAACGUCUUGUUGUCACGGUAACAAGAUUGAAAAGCCACGUAAAGCGUGUAAUCGAGAAGAGAGAUCAAGCUAGUAGAACGGACCCGAACUGGAAUCCACCAGAAGACAUGAUGCAAUGGCUGAUUAAUCGAAGUGAGAGUCAGACAGAUUACUUGGAAGGCUGUGCGGCUGCACAAAUAAUUCUCAUUCUAGGAAUCAUCAACCCAGUUAUGUUGACACUGGUCUCCAUUUUACAUACAUUAGCGGUAACUCCCGAAUAUGUCGAGCCACUCAGAGAAGAGAUCAGAAAUAAUCUGCCUAAUGAUGGUUCUAUUUCAGCUCAAGACUUGAAGGGAUUUUGGAAGUUGGACAGUUAUCUGAAGGAGACUGGUCAAGUUUAUCACCCGGUUAUAGAACCAUAUUUUCGCAGCGUUCGUAAAGGGUUUACUCUAUCAAAUGGACAGUUCCUACCCCCAAGCGCAACUGUAGUUGUACCGAACCCAUCCAUCAUUACUCCUGGUGAUCAAAUCUUUGAUGGGUUCCGAUAUUCCAAGUUACGCGAGGCCAAGCCCCAAGAGGAUCAACCCAACCAUCGAUGGUUGAUUGCUAAUGAAACCGAGUUUCGAUGGGGGGUUGGUAACCACGUCUGCCCUGGCAGGUUUUAUGCACAUCAUGUUAUCAAGAUUACCCUUAUCAGACUGAUUUCCAACUACGACAUCAGAAUGCCAGGGGAGGCUCAAAUUGGAUUACACAAUAGAUAUCCCACGAUUGAGUUUGGGUCAUCAGUCUUGCCAGCAGUAGAUAAACCCCUCAUGGUUAGAAAGGUUAAAGCCAGAAGUUAG